AAAAGGGUAAAGAAAACAGCAACAGUGGUUUAUCCGCAUCCAGCGUGAGACACACUCAAACGUUGGAGCAAUUACCAAAUCCAAUCAAGUCCCUCAACUGUCAACCUAAUUUCCACGUUCUACGAAAACGCCACACACCUCGUUUUGACCGAAUUCUCUUUCUCUUUCCCUUUCUCUUUCUCCUCUUUAUUUUGUUCCAACAUCACUCUCUUUUCCGUUACCGUUCCCCUUUGUAAAUCUUGGAUGCCUCUAUGCAUCUUCCCUCUUUCUAUUCUUUUCAAUUUCCUCUCUUUCAACUCAAUGUCACACCACGGAUACUGAUUAUGUGUGCUUUAGGAUUGUUGAUUAGGUGAGUUCAUUGGAUUGGGGAAUUGAGUGUCGAUGGGGGGUGAAACGGUGAACGGGUCAUGGUUCAGUUCUUUGUGGCCAGUCUCUCGGAAGAGUACAUCAUCGGAUAACAAGGUUGUGGUGGGAAUUUUGGCAUUAGAAGUCUCAGUGUUGAUGUUGAAGGUGGUUAAUUUAUGGCAGUCUUUGAGUGAUAGGGAGGUAUUGAGUCUGAGGGAAGGGAUAAUGAAUUCAAUUGGAGUAAAAAUGCUGGUGUCUGACAAUGAUGAUUACUUGAUGGAACUUGCGAUGAAUGAGAUGCUUCAUAACUUUCAAUCUCUUGCACGCUCGGUGGCUAGGUUGGGUAAGAAAUGCGUGGAUCCGGUUUAUCAUCGUUUUGAACAUUUUGUUCAUAACCCAGCUCAACAUUAUUUUCAAUGGUCUGGAUGGGAGUAUAGGUGGAAAAAGAUGGAGAGGAAGGUGAAGAAAAUGGAUAGAUUUGUUGCUGCUAUGUCACUACUGUCACAAGAGCUUGAGGUACUAGCUGAGAGAGAACAGACUUUCAGAAGAAUGCAGGCAAAUCCGGAAUUGCAUCGUGUGAAAUUGCUUGAGUUUCAGAAGAAGGUUAUGUUGCAGCGGCAGGAAGUGAGAAAUCUCAGAGACAUGUCUCCAUGGAAUAGAAGUUAUGAUUAUGUUGUCCGGUUGUUGGCGAGAUCACUAUUUACGAUCCUGGAGAGGAUUGUACUUGUUUUUGAAAACAAACACCCACCGACUGUCCAACCACAUAAUGAUUCUCUGCAUAUGAAUUCUAACAAUCUUCUGCGAAGUCAUUCCUUUUCUGUUAUGCAUUCAUCUGUUUAUCCUUCAGAGAAUAAUAUCUACGGAUUGAAUUCAGGUCCUGCUGGGGGGAGGCCGGUACUAAACUCGGGCUUUUUAGUAGGCAAAGGGAAAAGAACGAAGAAACAGCAGCAGAAAGAAGAACCUGUUUUCUUCAGAAAGAACACACAUUCAGAAAGCAAGCACUUGGGACAUAUUAUGGGCUUCAAAGGUUGUAUGUCUGCUGCAAACGGUUCUCCUGUCAUACAGAGCUGUAUGCAGACAACUGGUGGCUCCAUGAGGUUGACUGAUUGUCAUUUGAAAUCUGUUGAUAAAAUGAAAACAGUGAAUGAGUUAUCUCUCCUCAACAGAGUUAGAAUAUAUUCUAAGUUAUCCAUCCAUAAACUGUUAAAGCCUGCUUCCAAAUCCCUUGGUGAUGCAGCUCUUGCCCUGCAUUAUGCCAACAUGAUUGUAUUGAUUGAGAGGAUGGUGACAUCACCGCACCUGGUUGAUCUUGCCACAAGAGAUGAUCUAUACAGUAUGCUUCCAACUACUGUAAGAACUGCUCUAAGGGCUAAGCUUAAAAGUAAAUCUUCUUCCAAUCAUCAUGAUGCAAACCUUGCUGCAGAAUGGAGUCUGCUACUUGCACAGAUGUUGGAAUGGUUGGCCCCACUGGCACAUAACAUGAUAAACUGGCAUUCUGUGAGAAAUUUUGAGAAGGAGAACUCAAAUUUUAGCGCAAAUGUUUUACUUGUUCAAACUCUUUACUUUGCAAACCAAGCAAGAACCGAGGCUGCAAUAGUUGAUCUUCUUGUUGGUCUUAACUAUGUGUGCAGAAUUGAUACAAAAGUUGGCACAAGAGAUACACUGGAUUGUGCGAGGACUAGAACUUUUAAUGGUGUUCGUUUAAGAAAGAAUGGAAUGUACAAUGAAAUUUUAUAGACUAUGACAUUAACAACGUCUGGGGUUAGUGGCAUUAA